AUGGAGACAACCCGACGAUGUCAACUGAAAUUAUUAGAUGAUAGGAAACUUGAUCUAUCUGUUAAUAGCAAACAAACAGUAACCGAUUUAAUAAAUGAAAUCAGUCGACAAUAUCAUUUAAGUGAAAUAGAAUAUUUUGGUGUUUAUUAUGAAGAAAAUGAUGAACGUAUGUGGCUUCCAUCUGAUAAAAAAUUAUUCGAUCAAGAAGUAUUUAAACGUGAUUCAUCUCCUCCUAUUCUUUAUUUCGCUGUCAGAUUUGUAUUUAAAUCAUUUCUAUGGCUACAAAAUGCAACUACAGUCAUGCUCUUCUUUUUAUCAACACGUUAUGCGAUUUAUCGAGGAAUAAUCGAUACAAAUGAUAAUACAUUGUUUCAAUUAGCUGGUCUUGUUGUACAAGCUGUUGCUGGAGAUUAUACAAAUGAUGAAGCAGCUAUUAAUAUAAUAAAACGAGUCUGUGUUUUACCAAAACGUGUUGUUGACAGAAAUAUAUCAAGAAGAUAUUGUGAAGAUCAAAUAAUUAAUCAUUAUAAAGCAUGUCGUGAACUUGUACGAGGUUUAUGUGUUGUUAAAUAUAUGAUGUUAGCUGAAAAUCUACCAUCAUAUGGUUCACAUUAUUUUCUUGUUAGAAAUAAAAAUAAUGUAUAUGCUUAUUUGGGUAUAUCAUUUAUUGGAAUUUCUGUGUAUAAUUAUCAUGAUCGUGAAACACCAGUAAAAAUUUAUUAUUGGAGACAAUUGGAAAAUUUAUAUUAUCGUGAUAGAAAAUUUUCUUUAGAAGUUCAUGAUUUAGAAACAACACAUUUUUUAUCAUCUUCAUCAAUUCCAACAAAUGUUUCUGCACCGGAAACAGAUGAUAAACUUAUUGAUGCUAUUCAUGAUCCAUCAACACAAAUGUCAGCAGGUCGUCGAGUUCCUCCAACACCAAAUAUUAAAGUUCGUGCAUGGUUUACAAAUUCUCCACAAUAUUGUAAAGCUAUUUGGUCUAUGGCUGUAGCACAACAUCAAUUUUAUCUUGAUAAAAGAAAUUGUCGUCAGAAUCAAUCGUUACAAAUCAAUGAUCUUGUACGUGAACUAAAUAAUUCAACAAUAACAUUAACAAUUGAUAACAUGAUACCAAAUGGCUCAUUAUCUCGAUCGAAUACUUCAAUAAAUGUUAUACAAAAUGAACAAAUUGAAGCUGAUGUUGAACAAUUAAUGGAUUUAAUGAAAACACGCAAACAACACUUAGAAAGUUUAUUAAAUGAAAAAAUGAAAGAUUUUGGUGUAAUUUGUGUACUGGAAAAUCAAGUUAGUGGUGGAACUCCAGAUGAUCAUGUUAAUAUUAAUGAUAGUGGAAUACAACAAGAACUAAAAUAUCAUGUUGUUGAUGAAUUACUAAAUGAACAAGUGCAAGAGGAAGACCGGCAUGUGUUUCAUGAAAACUUCUUAAUUAAAGUUUCAGCACUAGCUGAAAAAAAAGGAGAAAAAAAUCAUAAACGAAAAAAUAAAAAUCUCAACUUUGAUAAAAUAUGCAUCGAUUUAUUUAAUUAA